CCAGAGGCGAUUAGUUGCGGCUUGCCUCUAUUUCAGGGAUCCUUUCAAACACGCCCCCAAAGGGCUCGCCUUACCGAGUAACCGUAGUCAGGUACCUGGUCCUCUGAUACCCCAUACCCAAAUUCUGGCCAAUUUUGUUGUGGCUUCCCGUGCGGACCCUGUCUGUAUUUGGAGCCUGCCUCGACCCUUCUCCGUGUGAAUCGGGGGCUUCGCCGGUAUUAAUCCUACACCUGUCCUACCAGCCAAACAGACAUCAAAGCGAAGGCCUUAUUAUUUUCACGGACACCCCACAAUAUUUUGAACGUUCUGGAUCUGGCUGUCCUUGACGAGGGUCUUCAAGGACGAUGAACAGUAUCCUAGAAGGAUUUUGACGCCAACCGUUCUUAGACACUCUUGCCAACACCCCCCUCUUUAUCUGUCAAAGAGAGACCAUCAUUGCCCAACCGACUACAGCAUCAACAAGGGUUUGUUGGAGCAUUUACUAGUAAAUCGGUGGACUAGUAACCGUCUCACCAGCCGGUUUACUCAUACCACUGCUUCGUUUCGAUCUUCAUUUUGACUGGUCAAAUCUAGUGUUUUGGUACAACACACCUACCCAAACGCUGUACACACGACGAGCACUUCUUCACCCCGUUCCCCAGAGCUUUCUGUCUCGUUUAAACCAGCAAUAACCUAGCACCACGGGUUUGGAUCCCAAGAUUGUCGACACAAUCCCAUGAUCACUUGGUCCUUGAAUCAUCCCAGCUUAGCACUAGUCCCCAGCAACAUCGAACCUUCAGGAUAGCAGUUGCCAUCGCGAAGCAAGCAGACAUCGACGUACGCUUGGAACUUCUAAAACCAGCACUAUCAGCCUAAUACCGUUGGCUUCGCUCGCUACAUCAACCUUGUUUAAGGCUCUCCGAGAAACAGAAGUCAGCGUAUCGUGCUUCCCGUGGCACAAUAAGGACCAGCAGUGAUCUCACCAAAGAGCCCUAGAUUUGUCGCAUACUCCGGGAGAUUUUGUCAUUCCAAUGCUCGUUACGUCCAGGCAAGGCGCUACGGAGCAAAGUCCUUGGUCUAUCAGCAAGUUCGGAACACCUUAUUUAAGGUCGGCAGACAGUCUACGUAUGUCGAACUUUGACCCUGCGACGCAGUCGGACUGGCAGAGCCAGUAUUCAUUCCUUCCGCCAGGCGACAACAGUCUCUUCUCGCAGUCAUACGAACACGUCUCAAGCUCGACAGACAAUGCGAAUUCCCAAGCUCAACCGCGAUCCGUGGUUGGCCCAGGCAGUCCUCCAAAGGUCGAACCGCUCAAGCGGGUUAUUUCGCCAUUAGGACACAGAGCCGAUCCUCUAGGUCUGCGGCAACCGAAGCGGCCAUCCCCAGGUGUUGAGCAGGUAGGAGAUCACAGCGAGUUGUACACUCAAAAGGCUUCUGAGACGGCACACGGAGGAUCCCAUAUGUCGACAGAAACACCUAAUAUUUCGCUCGGCUCCCAUCCACUAAGCUCGGUCUCUUCAGCCGCGCACGAACCAAAAUUAUCCACAGCACAGUCAGUGAAUGAAGCUCAGUCGACGAUCAAAGAUGAAGAUGACGAUGUGUUGGAUGAUGAAGAAAUGAUAGAUGGCGAUGUGGAAGAAGAGCCUCAGGCGCAAGCACAGCCGCAAACAGCAGCGGAGAGAACAGCACAACGCCGGAAGAUGAAGCGGUUCAGGCUCACCCACCAGCAGACACGAUUCUUAAUGAGCGAGUUUGCUAAACAGCCCCACCCUGAUGCCGCGCAUAGAGAACGACUUUCUCGAGAAAUACCCGGCUUGAGCCCUCGUCAGGUGCAAGUCUGGUUCCAGAAUCGGCGAGCAAAAAUCAAGCGCUUGACAGCGGACGAAAGGGACCGUGUCAUGAAAAUGAGGGCGGUUCCCGACGACUUCGACAAUGUCCAGGCACUUCAUGCCCCUUACGGAGCGGUUCACGGUCUCGGGACACCCUUGACCUCGCCCGUUGAUUUUGCUGCCUCGUCUUAUGCAGACCACAUGAUGAGACCGCUUAUGGUGGACGUGCGGCGAUCUGAUACCAAUGACCAUCUCUCAUCGACCGGUAUGAGCCCAGCGUUCGGAAGUAUAGGCUUCAAUCCCUCGAACUCGCUCAACAACCCAGACACUCUUUCACCAAUGUCGCCCCCUUCUACCGAUAGAUACGGAUACAGUAACCAUCUCUCGGCGUCGUUGAGUGCUGGAGCACGGUCGUUAAAUCCAUUUGCACGACAACCUGGACUCGACGCGAGCGUACAUAUGCAUAAUCAUCAUUCACAACACCAAAUACGCACAUUACAACCUCUUCAACUUCGAGAGACCACAAAUAGGUCUCGCGCCGAAACACUUCAGUCUCCACUACGAACUAGUAUGUCAUGGAAAGGCGAGUCCCUUGAUUAUACAACCUAUCACGGUAGCAACACUUCGCCCACAAUGAACAGCAGGCCGCAAAACCUGUACCACCAGGAUCAUAUGAACAGUACCUCCACAUCUAACUUGGGAAGCUAUGAUCCAACUCACUAUGCGGGAUCGACCGCCCAGUCGCCUACUCACUUGAGUUAUCCCAACUACCAGUCAUCUAGUCUUCAAAACAACUCUCGCAGAAAUUCGCGCUUGAGUGCUUCCUCGGCCUCCCUGCCUUUUGGUCUCGAUCUACGAACGCAAUUUCGCUCGGCUGUAGGAGCCAACAGCUUACAGUCAACAGCACAUUCGCCAACUUCUACCCGUGCAUUGUCUACUGCUCAGCUAGGCAGUGGCGGCGCCCCUUCAAACUACUCUGCGUCGAGCUUUCCUUCCGCACCCCUCUCCGCGCCCGCCGAUUACUCCCUUUCCCGAACAUCACCUUACAGGCCACCACCAUCGGCAGGGGCCACAGACUAUACCAUCCCGCAGAUGAGCGCUCCAAUUGCCCUUCCCAACGACUUCUCGCAAGCGUUUCAGGCCAGCAGCAUGUCUAAUGGUGGAGGAAGUUCGAGGGAUACGCAGUCAUUGAGAGAUAAUUUUGGUGCGAGUGUCUUGGGGCUAGGUCACGGUCAUGGUCAUAACAAUCCGGCAAGCCACCACCGCACCACCGAUGACUAUUCUGUGAAUGACCCCCUAGGCAUGAAGCGGAAGCGGAGAUAUUCGGGAACGGCGCCUACUGGCGCUGGUGCACAGAGAAUCGGGGCAUAUGGGGCGGCGGUUUAAAUAUUUACGACAUGCAGACACUUUUCCUUUCUACUUCCGAAUCGACGUGGACGACCAUAUAUACUUUAAAAUCGGGUCAGUCUUUGUGGGUCACUGCUGGAGGUUUUGUUGUUUUUGACCAGAGAGUCGGGUGGCAAUGUGCUUUUGAGUAGUACGUGGAAUAUGUUGACGAUUGGUUUGUUGUAAUCGUGGCAUUUGAUAUUCACGGUUACUGAAAAGACACUUCGGCUUGUUUGUCCCAUGUCUCGCUGGCAUCAUUAUUUAUAUACCACGGCGGAUUUUUGGAUGCUUUCACGAAUUACUCUAGUUCCCUUGUUUUGUUAUUUUAAUAUUGUCCUUUGGAUUCUCUCCAUGGAUUUACCAUUUUUCGCAAUAUGUAUGAGCUUGGUAUUGAGGGGCCCUCGCGGGGUGGCAAAGUUUACGACUACCGUGGAUUUCUCGAGAGGGUAGUUUUUUCAAGAGCUAUCCUUUGAGGUGAUCCAUAUGGAGGAGUCAGUAGCAUCUUGGGCGGUUGGGGGUGGUGGUAGCAGCAGGGUUCAAAACUCGGCGUAAGUGUAUUCAAUGGCUUGUGCCUUACAGGUACUGUACUAGUUUCAACCCACAAAGCACUGCACUGGUUUCCACGCAAGCCUAAAUUCCAGUGUUUAACUUCC